CUCAUGACAUCAUUUAGUUAGGUAGCUUGGAGUGAAUGAUACCACAGUUCUAGCCAAGAAAAGGGACCGAGUUUCGAGAGAGAGAGUGUGUAUAUUAUUACUUGGCUUUUUAUGAAGUAAUAAUUAAGCUACUGACAAAAAGCACAGUGGCAUGUAGCUAGCUACUCAGCUAGCCAAAAUGAAGGACUCCGAAGUAGGUAGAAGUAUUUGUUUGGAUGAGACGUCAUGUUGCAUGAUGGUGAAGAACAGAAUCCUGUCGCACGAACGCGACAUACAAAAAAUCUGUUUUAUGCCGCGGGUUGUGCAUGUGUGUAUGGGAGAAUUUACAGCUUAAACAGGCACUGCUAUGUUUAAAUGAAUCAGCGAUGACUGAUGUUGAAUCAUCGUAUGAAGACUUCAUUGCAUCAGGAAGAACUGGGCGAAGGAAUGCACUGCACGAUAUCCGUGGAACGCCAGGCGAUACGGAGCACUCCGACUUAACCCAGAAGCUGUCUGAACUCGAUAUCAACAAGUCAAGUGAAGGUGAUGAUGCUGAAAAAAGCCAAGGCCCUUCCACAGACCCUCCUCCCAAGCCCCAGGAGGGAAAAGAGGAAGGAAGUUAAUGGAUAAGGCUGACCCCUUGUGGCCAAGGUGGCCACUGCUCACCACCUUCUAAGAACUGCUGGACACACGAGGCCCCAGUUUCGUAGUAUGGAGGACAGAAAACCAGCCAGUAAAAUAAGCUCCUGUGGGGCUAUACCCCUUUCUUCUUAUUGGCACAAGAAGGCGCUUGCAUUGCCUGUGUAGGCCUCCACGCCUGCUGCACUGGGCUGCACCUGCAUCUUUAGGAAUGGCUGAGGGACAUGACCUUGUUUUGCAGGAUCAGAUGUGCAGUGGAAGUGGUGUUUUGUAUCAUCAUAUAAUUGUUGAUACGGGAAACAUCAAUGUGGAGGUUGAGUUCUAAUCGCUGCUGUUGACCAGCAGGUCUCCAGAGUUUUAGGCUCUAAUGGAGUUUCUGCUGAGAGAGCAGGAUUUUAAGGAGUGCUGUUGCGGGAAGGAAAAGCCAACAGAGACUGCUUUUUAGAGACAGAAAUACGACGGUCCGCAGAGAAUACCCUAACACUGUCCUUAAGUUCAGCUUCUAAAGCUAUGUCUGUGGACGUAGAAGAGGUUGUGUUCCAUUUCCAGUUGUUCUUUGAUAUAUAUUAUUUGUGCAGCGUCAGUGCUGAGAGUGGGUAGAUCAACCAACUGCCAAGUGUUUCAGACUGAAAUACAUUUUUAGGAAAUUGCUUUCAGGAAACCAUCUUGUUGACACUGGCUGUAAAGUUUAACAGAAACCGCUUUAAGAUGAUGUUUGUGUACUGUGUUACUCUCUAAACUGCCAGUUUUUUUCAGACUUUCAGCAUUUGUAACAUAGAAAUUUUUGUUUGUAACAAAAAUCCUUCAGAAUUUUGUGUUCUUUUUGUGUCGCUGUGUAUGGUAAUUUGUAUUGCUGUCAGACAAUUCCACCUUAUUUUAGGCAGAAUACAUACCACAUCUAAUUGUAUAAAAGAAGUUAAAAAUUGGUCUUCUCAUUACAUUCUGUGCUCAUAUCAUACUGUCCACAAGAGUCUUUGUUAGCUUUAUAGAUGGGAAUUCCAGAACAUGCCUGAUGCUUACAUUGAAACUGUUAUAAUAUAUAUAAGUAGCCAAAAAGGAACCAUUAAUAUUGGCAUCUUGAAAUGUACCAUCUUUGUAUGAGAAUGGAGCACAUGAGUACAUAACCUUUCUUUUGUGUGUAUUGUGUGUGUGUGUGUGUGUGUGUGUGUGUGUGUCUGUGUGCGCAUACACAUGCAUGCAUGCAUGUAUACAUGUACAAAUCCAGUCAGAGUUAUAUGCAGCUUCCCAAUUUAUUAAUUUACAUUUUUGUAUAGUUUUAAAAUAAUAAA